CAGCAAUCCACUCCGCUCCGCGCGCCCUGUUCGGCGUCUUCAGCAACUCGGCACGAAAGGAGCUACCAGGAACUUUCAGAGAAAAACUACGGAAAGAUAGACAUUCCCGACCUUUUUCCCAAUAUCAACGGAGAUAAAUAGUAUAUUUUCGGAAUAGACUGGGAUUGACGAGAUUGGAAGUAAGAGCUUUGAAACGGCAUGCUCUGAUAAAACCCAACAUGGCGCUGCGAGAUACGACCGAGCUGAAUGCAUUUCUGGAGUCCGCGGACCUCGCCACCUGUAUCCUUGCGCACUGCUAAACUGUACGUUACCAGCCACUGGGACGUUCUAUAAAGGAUGAUUGGAAACCUUAUUUCUAGGGAUUUGUCACACUAAGUCGAUUUUGACGGCUUUUCUCUCGUCUGGAAACAUAUUGACAUUUCACUGUGAAAAAGUAUUGUGCGAGUGUAAAGGAAACACUAUAACAUAUGGUUUAAUUGACUGACAAGUAAAUAACCCGUUAGACACACUUCUGCAUAUUUAUAUCCAACGGUUUGAAUUUUCACUGGCCCGGGAUGUCUAUGCUUUUAUAACGGAAUCGUAACCUCCACGCACGAAUAUUUGCUCAGAGCCGUGAACAACUUGGAAAAACGGGAAAAGGAAAGUUGGAAAUAGAGGAUAUUGACCAGGAGAGUACCUGUUAGUGAUGCGGGGACCCAGAGAAACCUGGAUUUAAGAGAAGGCAACCACAUCACACAAAGCAUGGUGGAUGCCAGGCUAACGCCCCUGGCCACCAUGGGGCUGGACCGCAAUGCCUUGAUGCGGGACGGCCUCCGCCAUCACGGCAGCGUAGUUUACCCAGGGAUCCGAGCGCUGUCGGCCGAGAAGCCCCACGAGGGGUCCACUACCCUCCCCCUCAGCUACAACCGGGACGGCCUUCCAGACCUCCUCUACAAGCCUGACAUUUCCAUGGACCGGAGCAAGCCUACCAACGGCUACCUGGACCUGUACAAGAGCUCUCCACCAAGCCUCCAUAGAGGACCAGAAGGGCUGGACAGGAGAGGUGUGGGACCUGGGGGGGAGAAGCCCUCAGAGCUGGGUCUGGGGGGUGCUGGUGCAGGAGCAGGCGGGUACCUGCGUCUGCCCUGGGGGCUGAGCCGGGGGCUGUACCCCGAGGCGGGCCUCUACCCCUAUAUGGACUCUUCCAAGUAUGCGGCCCUCAGCAUGUACAAGGCCCAGUUCCUCAAUCAGCCCAGCCCCUACCUGCCCCAGCACCUGGCCUACCAGUCCCUCUGUGCCUCCCAGGGGGGGAACAUGAACCCUGCUGCUGCCUCGGCCGCCGAGAGGCUCUACUACAUGCCCCCCUACCCCCCGUCCCCCAUCUCCUCCUCCCUGGUGGGGUCUCCCAUGAGGAUCCCAGCGGUGUCGGUGGCCCCCACCUCCAUGGUGCACUGCCAGGAGAAGGGAUUGAGUGUCGGGUCUCGUGUCCACCACGAGGGGUCUCCGUUUGGGCAGCAGCUUCACCAGCCGCCCCCUCCGCCCCAGCACCUUCUCCCCCCCCACACAGACAGAGACCGAGACAGACCCCCCAGCAGAAGCAAUAAGCCCAGUAGACCCCCCUCCAACAAAGGAGCCAGUAACAGCAGUGGUAGUAGUAGUAGUAGUGGUGGUAGCAGUGGUGGGAGUAAUACUAAUAGUAGUAGCCUUCCUAUUGAUUCCUCCCCUCGCGCCUCUUCUCGCCUCCCCCAGCCUGCUCCUCCCCUGCCUCCCCCUCACAUAGACAGCACCAUGGACCUACAGAGGGCAGUCUCUAGAAUAGUACCGUUAUCUUCCUCCUCUUGUUCCUCUUCCUCUUCCCAGACGAUACCUCACUCAUUCUAUGUGAGCAGCAUGGCUCCAGAGCACCCAUCCCCUGCCUGGCCCAGCCCCCACAAACCCAGACCCAGAGAUGGGGUGUCGGAUCACAGGGCUGGAGGAUGUGAGAAGAGACCCAGUCAGUGCCCUUCUAAACCAUCCUCUGAGCGGCCAGCCCCACUGAACCAGCCCCCGACUACCAAAGACCCAGCAGACCCAAAGCCUCUCGACCUCUCUGGAAGAUUGUUGGAGUUAGGCCUGCCUCCUAACAGCUUCCCUGUGAAGAUGGAGGCUCUGGGGUCCCCGGGGCCUCGGUACGGACCUCCCCCUAGCCGGGAGCUCCUGAAAGAGACCCUCUCUCUCUCACCCCCCUCCCUACCCUCCCACUCCCACUCAGUGGUCAGCAGCACUUCCUCUAAAGCCCCAGAGAGGCCGGAGAUGAUCAGCACUUUGCACUCCUCCUGGGUGGUGCCCACCCUUACACCCACCUACACCAUUGGGUCUACCCACGCACACCCCCACCCCCCAGCCAUGUCCCCAUCCCCCAGGCCCAGCCCAGACACCCAAGGGAAAGGCUCCUCUCCAUCUGUCAUCAAACACAAGGCUCUGGAGAGAGUCCUGCCCCAGCCCCAGCAACGCAGUCCAUCCUGCCCCAGGGUAGGAGAGACAAAUACUACCCCAAUACCUUCCAAUCUCAAUCCUCCCUCCACAAUACCCUUGUCCCCCAAACCCAAUAAUGAUUGGCCCAAACACAGCCCCAGCCAAUCAGAAAGUUCCCCCAUGGCCGGCCAUCUUAGGAACUCCACAGAGAAGCCCCCCAAAGCCCCCAAGAGGGCUGAGACAUCCCAGGAGGUGUCUCCAUAUAAUAAACGUCAGUGUCUAGAGAAUGCCAAUGGGCACCCACCCAGCCACCUCUACCUGCCCCAGAGCGAGGCCUACCUACCUCACAGCAUGGUGUACGCCAACCGAUACCUGCACUACUCUGUACCCGACGGCAUGGCCCUCCACUCUCUCCCUCUGCCAGGGAAGGGCCCUGCCUACCCUCCCCCCAUCCUGCUUGGCAGUAACAGCCUUUACCCUUCCCACCUGGCAGCCAAACACCCCUUACCAUACCACAGCCACGCUGGGGAGUACCUCACGUACAACUCCCAGGAGAUGGCCCACCCUCUGAUGCACACACACACAGACUCUAAAGCCCUGGAGCGGGCAGAUCAGGGGCCCAAGUCCCGUGGCCAGGGCCAGGACAAACCUAGGGGACUCAAAGAGGAUUUUGGUGUAUCCCACAGGGGCCGGAGUGAUGUGGAGACAGGGGAGGGGUCCCAUGUGAAGCGCAAUAAAGAUGCAGGGGAGUGGGGAGGGAGCCAGCCCAGACCCCUCUCCUCCUCCAGCACCAGUAUCCCUUCCAAAGAUAGAAUCGUCUGCAUUGACCUCGUCCACUCCGACACAGAUGGAGAGUCCACGCCGGCCGCCAACCAGCCGCCACUCCCUGUCAUCGUUCCCAUCACCAGGGGCAACCAACACCAGUGUGGCCAUGGCGACCAAAGCAUGAGGGAAGUGGAGCGGGAGCCAGAACACCAACUGCAUCAUCAUCAUCUUCAUCACCACCCCAGCCCAAGCUCCACCCUGAGAACUACCCACACAGACAGACAACCAGAGACCCCCUGUAUGAGACCCAGGCCCCUCCAGGAGACAGGCUGUCCGGGUGUGGCCUCUAGCCCACCUCAGGGCUCCCCAGGACUGGUUACUCGGGCCGAGGAGAGCCGUGAGGACCAGAUCCCUUCCUCAGACCCAAUGGACCAGAGGGAGCAGGUCAAAAGCACCCUGCGCUGUGCCCGCACAUCUGGGGACCGCAAGACGAGAGACCGGACUCUUGGAGAUUGUGACCGCACCGCAGUAGACCGUACAACUGGUGAUAGUGGCCGCAUGCCUGGCGACCGCACGUCUAGAGAUCGCACAUCAUCUUGCGACCGCACGUCUGGAGAGGAGAGAGAAGAGAUGGACAGACGAACCUCCUUCCACCCCAUCUAUCGCUACAUGGACCUGGGGAAGGAAAGAGAAAGAGAAGGAGAGAGCGUUGAAGACACAGAGGAGUCACAUGGAGAGGGGGAUGAGGACGAGGAGGGUGGACGAAGAGGUUCACGGAGGACCAGUCUGACCAAGAGGAUCGCUAACUCUUCAGGCUACGUCGGCGACCGCAUCAAAUGUGUCACAACCGAGCUGUAUGCAGACUCUAGCAAGCUGAGUCGGGAACAGCGCGCCCUGCAGAUGGAAGUCAUAUCACGAGAGGGGAGUAAUAUAAGUCGCCCUGCAGCUAACUGGGAGCGGGCGAUGAUGCGGUUCUCGGAGCUGGAGCUGAAGGAGAAGGAGUGCGGGGGGGUGUGUGUGUCUGCAGCGGUAGCAGGACAGGAGUUGGCAGACCGCCAGCGGAGAGAAAGAGAGUGGGAACACUGCCAACACACCGCCAGGCAGGGAGAGAGGGAGGGUGGAAGGCAGGACUAUGGGAACAACAGAGUCCCAGUCCUCCAGAGGUGUGGGGGCCAUAGGGAGAGCCUGUACCCAGGGCAGGAGGCCUGGGAGGGGGAUAGAGAUGGUGCCAGAGAGGGUGAGGGUUGGCGAUGUUCACCCCCAGUCCUGGCACUGGCAGACCGGCACCCCCAGGAGAAGGGUGGGCAGGGCAUGGUACCCAUUAGGAAACACACACACAGCCUACAGAAGGGAGAGGAGGAAGGAGAAAAGACCUCAGAGAAGGCCAGAAUGAAUUCAGAUGCGUGUGUGCUGUGGGGCAGUGAGCAACCUACGGCUCCUGCUACUAAUGAGGAUGAUGAUGAUGAAGAGGUGAGGAAGCUGAAGGUGUGUAUCGAGCUGAAGGGGCUCCGCCUCCGCAAGCCCACCUCUUCCUCCCCCGAGAGGCCAGAGGUCAAAGAGGAGAGGACAUGGUCAUCACAUCACAGCCCCUCCUUCCUGCCCCGGACCCGACCCCCGACACCAACCUGGAGCCCAGCCCAUGCCCCGCCCCCUCGGGAUAGGAAGUUCAAGGUUGAUCCGGAAGUGAAACCUCUGUCACAGAAGCCAGAGAUCACAAAAAGCUGGGCCAGAGAGAUGCUGGCUAAUGGAGAUGCUAAACGAGUUGGACUGCUCCCUUCAACCCAGCAGAGGGACAGAUCUGCCCCCCAGGGGCCCCUCAUGGGGCAAGGAUGUGACUGGGGAUCCAAGGAACCCAGGAGAGGAGGGCUGGGGGUGAAGACUGAGGGUCAGUGUCCCCCCCCCUCGGCCCCUGAGCCCCCCACCGAAGACACAGCCUCUCUCAAGCCCCGUCGUCAUAGCGACACAGACAAACCCAAGGGCAAGCGACCGUGCAAGACCAAACACAUCAGCCAGAGAGAGAGGGAGCAGAGGAGAGAGCUGCUGAACGGUGGCAGCAACCAGCAUGGAAGCACUGAUCUGGGAGCAGCUUUGGAGGACAAGGUCAGUGAGCAGUGUGCUCGGAGGAAGAGACCCUCUUCGCCCCUCCAUUACCUCGGUUCUCCGGUCAAGCCCUGUUCCCGCGCAACGCGGCCCCCUUCCGUACCCCCUCAGGUGAACGGCUCUGGGACUGUCCCACCGGAUGGAGCAGGGGUGAGGAGGGCCCUGCCUGCUGAGCCUCCCGUGGUGCGGCCCAUCCCCCCAGAGGCGCGGAGACUAAUUGUCAAUAAGAACGCCGGAGAGACGCUGUUACAGAGAGCAGCACGGCUCGGAUACGAGGAGGUAGUGCUGUACUGCGUGGAGAACCGUGUGUGUGAGGUGAACCACAGGGACUAUGCAGGCUACUGUGCCCUCCACGAGGCCUGCGCCCGCGGCUGGAUCUCUAUAGUCAUACACCUGCUGGAGCACGGGGCCGACAUCAACUGCAGUGCACAGGAUGGCACCAGGCCUCUGCAUGACGCGGUGGAAAAUGACCAUCUGGACGUAGUGCGUGUGUUGCUGUCCUACGGGGCUGACCCUACUCUAGCCACCUACUCCGGCCGCGGUCUGCUCAAGAUGACCCACAGCGACAGCAUGGAGCGAUUCCUCACUGAUUAUUUUGCUGACCUGCAGGGCCGCUCUAAUGAUGACCCAGAAAUCUAUUGGGAAUUCUAUGGCAGCGCUGUGUGUGAGUCGUUAGAGGAGGGCAGUGUGUGUGACAUACUGGCGGACCCCCCAGGGCCAGAGGACAAGGACAGGAGGGAGCUCUUUGAGUUUGAGUUCUCCGACCGACCCCUCCUCCCCUGCUACAACAUCCAGGUGUCCCUGUCGCAGGGGCCCAGGAACUGGCUUCUCCUCUCAGAUGUUCUCCGGCGGCUGCGAAUGUCUGCCCGUUCCUUCCGCUCCUCCUUCCCCCACAUGGAGGUGGUGACGAUGGCCGAGGCAGAGUUUUACCGCCAGGCAUCUCUCUCCCAGCUCUUUUCCUGCUCAGACGAGCUGGAGGGCUUCCAGCCUGACAGCAAGGAGCUGCUGGACCUGGUGGAGGGGAGUGCUGAACUGGCCGCUCUGCUGGGUUCUAAUCUGGAGUGCCUCGACGACCGCUGGGACGAACCCCCGGAGGCUAACGCUAAUGUUGACGAAAAGGCUAAUGUCAAUGGGAACAUUAGGGCUAUGGCUAAUGCUAACAGUAACGUUAACGCUAAGGUCAAUGGGAACAUUAGGGCUAUGGCUAAAGGUAACAUUAGCGCUAAGACUAAUGGUAGCACUCAUGUUAAAGCUAAGGCUAACGCUAACAGAAGGUCGUGACCUGAACUUUGACCCUGAAUUCUGAAUCCCUGCUCUACAGUGGGGGGUUAAAAUGGGUGAAUGAAUAAGACCACCGCCCUGAGAUCUGAGAUUGAACCCCUGCUCUGUACCUGUGUGCUGGACACAGUACAGACAGAGCAGCAGAGACUGAAUAUGUAUGUCCAUCAAGUAAAGAUGGAGAGACGACUGUAACUUAACAAUGGUCUUAUUUUUUAUAAAUGUAUUAAUAUAUGUAUAAAUAUAUAAAUAUAUCUGGAAAUGUUUUCUCAAUUUCUAUCCUUCAAAGUGUGGUGUUGUCAUGAAUGAAAGGUUGUGUACAGAGGCGUCAUGCCCAUGUCACAGAGGCACGUUCCCUCUCAGAUUUGUCCUGUUAUGAAAAAAUAAAUCCAAAUUGCAAUAUAUAUUUUUUGUAUUAUUAUAUAUAUUUUUUGUAAUACUAGCCACUUGGCUGUUUUAUGAAGUUGGCUUUAGCUAGCGCAAAUAGGUUCCCAAUCUACCAACCUCAUUAUUCACUAACAAGAAGCCAUAGCUAGCUUGUCUAACUAUUUUAUCUAGCAUGCCUGCUGGCACCGUUGGUAGACUUUAGAAAAGCAAACAAUAACUAAAUGUACUGAAUAAGACUAACAUUCCUUUCAAUCUUUUAACAAGAUUUAAUCAGAGAUGCAGAGAAGCAUAUUUAGUUUCUUUUAAAAAAAGAACCGCCAGUCAGGAGGAUAUGCCGAAAGAAAAUAUACUUUUUUUUAGUUUUUACAUAGAAUUAAGCAUAAUGAUUAUGGCUCCAGAUUUAAUUUUUUAAAAGCUGUUUCAGGUGUUUGAAAAAUGCUACAUUCUCCAACUUCAGGAUAGGGGGUCCUAGCCCACCUCCAAACCAACCCCCAACCAAUCCUCACUCACUUUGUGCCCCCUCACAUUUUUGGGGUGCAUGACGCCCCUGUUUGUGUGUGUACAGUAUGUGUGUUAAACAGUACAUUAUGUGUGUGUCAGUUUAUACGGCAGUGUGUACAGUCUGAGCACUGAGGCUGCGCUUUUGAAUGUGACAUUUUGUGUUGAUAGGAAACAAACGUUGACGAUCUCUUCUAAUAGUUUUCUGGUCUGCUCAGACAGACUUAGCGCCCUCUUCACCCUCAGGGGCUGUUUUGAACCUGUGUUCAAUCUGCUUCUCAUUUAGUCUGCUAAACUGCAGAGAGAUGUGUUUUUUGUAUAAUAGGAACGUUUUAAAGAUGAUGAGAAGAUAUUCGCCCUUCAGCACAGAGCUUGUACAUAACAGGGUGGCUAUUGCAGUACAGUAUCAGUUUUACUGUUUGAUGGGUCAUUUUUUUGUUUUAACUUUGCAAUUAAAAUAUCUCAUUUGUAUUUAUAUUUUACAAAAAAAAUGCUUUAAAAUAAAUCUUAAAAACUGCAA